AUUGUAUUUCCUGGCGUGGAAUACACAUCUGUGGCAUCUCUGUCCAAAAACGUCCCUGUGCUAUCCUGUGGUGGCCUUUCAAAACGCUUUUUAGUUCCCGGCUGGCGUUUAGGGUGGAUUAUAGUGCAUGACCGUCAAGAGCAAUUCAGUGAAAUCCGUAAAGGUCUCACCAAUCUAACUGGACGUCUUCUGGGAUGCAAUUCUCUGAUUCAGGCGGCCCUGCCGUCAAUUCUCAGCCUCACUCCUCAGUCUUUCUACGACAAUCUCAACAGCCACCUCCAGAAGACUGCCCGCAUUGCCCACGAUUUACUACGGGAAAUCCGUGGACUACAUCCAGUGAUGCCUCAAGGAUCAAUGUAUAUGAUGGUAGGCAUAGAGAUGGAACUUUUUCCUUGCUUUGUCACAGAAAUGGACUUUGUGAAAGCCCUGGUUGAGGAGCAGAGUGUUUUCUGUCUACCUGGCGAAUGUUUCAAGUUUCCCAACUUCAUAAGGAUUGUCAUCACUGUUCCUGGAGAAAUUAUGCGUGAAGCUUGUAUGAGAAUCCGUGAAUUUUGCCACCAACACAGUCGACUGGACAAGAGAAUAAUUUCCAAUGGGAUCUGAGAGGAAAUAAUAUCAAUUGAUCUGACCAUCAUCUGAACAAUGUCUCCAAAUUCGAUCUGAAUGAGUUACAUGGACUGUUCCCUGGAAAAUACUUCGAUCUGUCCUAAAAAAAAUGCCUGAUUUUCUACCCGAAAAAUGUACUGAAUGAUUACGCUGUAUUUUAUGUGAAUAAACAGAGUUUUAGUAAUUGUGGUUGCGAAUACCAAUGAUUUACUAUCAGGACAGAGAGAUCACCUUGUUGAAAUCAUAUUGUCUGAUAAGACGGCACUUUUGGGCAUAUUGUUUCAGCGCACGACGCCUAUAAAUAGAGCUCACAUGUAGACCAGCUCAUUCCGAGUUAUCGUGUCCAUCAGCUAACCUAGACCCCCCGCAGAGGUAGUGUCUCAAUUGGAAGUGGUGUGAUGUCCGCGAGUGAAAAAAAUGUCAAUGGCAGUGUCCAAAAUGGACACAAAACGGCUCGAACGGAGUGGAAAGUGGAAGUGUCUAGAAGGGCUAAGCAAACCUACAAUCCACAGAGAUCUAUUGUUGAGUUUAUGAAUAUCAAGCCAAAUCCCAAGAAAUCUCUCAUACCCCUCUCAAUUGGUGAUCCCACGGUUUUUGGAAAUCUCAAAGCGUGCCCUGAAAUUCAGGAUGCUGUUACUAAGGCUGCUGCUGAUCACAAAAAUAAUGGCUAUAGUGAACUUAUUGGCUCGAAGGCUGCUAGAGAAGCUCUGGCCAGUUAUAUGAAUCGUCACCAACAUUCAGUAACUGCGGAUGAUAUACAAAUAGUCAAUGGGUGUUCAAGUGCAGUGGAGAUGGCAAUUGUGGCCUUAGCAAAUCCUGGUCAAAAUAUAAUCUCCCCUCGGCCUGGAUACUCAAUCUUCUUCACUGUUACAAAAGCUCUAGACAUCGAACUGAGACAAUAUGACUUACUGCCUGACCAGAAGUGGGAAGCUGAUCUCAAGCAGAUGGAGAGUCUGAUUGAUGAAAAGACAGCGGCUAUUGUAGUGAUAAAUCCCAGUAAUCCCUGUGGAAGCGUCUUCAGUCGAAGUCAUCUAGAGGAUGUGCUUGCAUUAGCAGAGAAGUACUAUGUUCCCAUAAUUGCAGAUGAGAUUUACGAGCACAUUGUGUUCCCCGGAAAGAAAUACUACUCGAUGGCACCCCUGUCUAAGAAUGUGCCAAUUCUUCAAUGUGGAGCCGUAUCUAAAAGAUUUUUAGCUCCAGGAUGGCGUUUAGGAUGGGUAGUUGUCCACGACAGGGGAGGUGUUCUCAAGGAAGUGAAGCAAGGUCUAGCUAAGCUGAGUGGUAUAACACUCUGUGCAAAUACUGUAAUUCAGGGAGCUCUCCCGGACAUCCUUAAGAAUACCCCUCAAUCUUUUUAUGAUGAUCUGAACCUACAACUACAGAAAGUUGCUACAAUCGCCUAUGAUAUGCUGUCUGAAAUCGAAGGCUUGAAACCAGUGAUGCCCGAGGGAGCUAUGUAUAUGAUGGUGGGAAUAGAUCUCGAGCUGUAUUCGAAAUUCAACGACGGAAUGGCCUUUAUAAAAGCCCUGGUAGAGGAAGAGAGUGUCUUCGGUCUGCCUGGAGAGUGUUUUAGCUACCCAAACUACAUCAGAAUCAUCAUAACAAUCCCCGAAGACAAGAUGCGUGAAGCAUGUGAGAGAAUUAAGAAAUUUUGUGCUACUCACCGUUCACCAAAAUCUUCCAAGUCAUCGUGAUUUAUUGUUCAAAUGUAAUUAAUAUAGUUGCUAUAAAAGCUAAUACAUCCUCAAGGUCAAUAAAGUUUCUAUACUGAAAUUC